AUGACUUACCAGGAGCAAAGCUUUGGUGCCCUCAACCAGGCUCCUCUGGAUCUACAGCCGUCUCAAGAGCCAAGCAUCGACUCAUCUAUCGUAAGCGACCUGAAGGAUCUCAAUGAUGAUGAUGAUGAUGAUCAAAUGUCUGACUCAGAUGACUUCUGGAGUGAUUCUGACUCUUCUUCAGAUGAAGGAGGCGCCAACCUGCAUGUUGUCGAUAUUUAUGGCGCUCUCGGUGCUUGCUACAGAACCGUCGACAACGGGUUCAAGACCUUCUACCGGUACGUGGAGCCUGAUUUUCGGGUUAGCUGUAAUGUCACGGCCGCGUCUCUGAAAGAGCCAUUGUCACUUCUCACCAAGUACAGGUCGCAGAGGUUUGAGGGCAAGUCGGCAUACUUUCGGUCCGCUUACUCCGGGCCCCCAAGCCCGAUUCGGCGGCGCCGGCAACGCUCGCCCCUCUUGAAAGGCUGCCCAGGCGUGCACAACAGAACCGUUCAGCAGGGAUUGCUCUGGUACAGAACUGGAACUCUCACAGCAUUGCAAUGA